AUGAGAGAGCGAAGUAAAGAUGGUGAGGAUGGUGAAGAUGGUGAAGAUGGUGAAGAUGGUGAAGAUGGUGAAGAUGGUGAAGAUGGUGAAGAUGGUGAAGAUGGUGAAGAUGGUGAAGAUGGUGAAGAUGGUGAAGAUGGUGAAGAUGGUGAAGAUGGUGAAGAUGGUGAAGAUGGUGAAGAUGGUGAAGAUGGUGAAGAUGGUGAAGAUGGUGAAGAUGGUGAAGAUGGUGAAGAUGGUGAAGAUGGUGAAGAUGGUGAAGAUGGUGAAGAUGGUGAAGAUGGUGAAGAUGGUGAAGAUGGUGAAGAUGGUGAAGAUGGUGAAGAUGGUGAAGAUGGUGAAGAUGGUGAAGAUGGUGAAGAUGGUGAAGAUGGUGAAGAUGGUGAAGAUGGCUGGUCGGCUCGGUCAAAGACCAUCAGACUUGGGCAGGAAAGCAUUAUUCACGUCUGUCUCACAGGUCAGGAAGACCGAGAUGACUGUUGA